GGAAAACAUGUUCCUUCAGUCGUCAAUGCUGACCUGCAUUUUCCUGCUAAUAUCUGGUUCCUGUGAGUUAUGCGCCGAAGAAAAUUUUUCUAGAAGCUAUCCUUGUGAUGAGAAAAAGCAAAAUGACUCAGUUAUUGCAGAGUGCAGCAAUCGUCGACUACGGGAAGUUCCCCAAACGGUGGGCAAAUAUGUGACAGAACUAGACCUGUCUGAUAAUUUCAUCACACACAUAACGAAUGAAUCAUUUCAAGGGCUGCAAAAUCUCACUAAAAUAAAUCUAAACCACAACCCCAAUGUACAGCACCAGAACGGAAAUCCUGGUAUACAAUCAAAUGGCUUGAAUAUCACAGACGGGGCAUUCCUCAACCUAAAAAACCUAAGGGAGUUACUGCUUGAAGACAACCAGUUACCCCAAAUACCCUCUGGUUUGCCAGAGUCUUUGACAGAACUUAGUCUAAUUCAAAACAAUAUAUACAACAUAACUAAAGAGGGCAUUUCAAGACUUAUAAACUUGAAAAAUCUCUAUUUGGCCUGGAACUGCUAUUUUAACAAAGUUUGCGAGAAAACUAACAUAGAAGAUGGAGUAUUUGAAACGCUGACAAAUUUGGAGUUGCUAUCACUAUCUUUCAAUUCUCUUUCACAUGUGCCACCCAAACUGCCAAGCUCCCUACGUAAACUUUUUCUGAGCAACACCCAGAUCAAAUACAUUAGUGAAGAAGAUUUCAAGGGAUUGAUAAAUUUAACAUUACUAGAUUUAAGCGGGAACUGUCCGAGGUGCUUCAAUGCCCCAUUUCCAUGCGUGCCUUGUGAUGGUGGUGCUUCAAUUAAUAUAGAUCGCUUUGCUUUUCAAAACUUGACCCAACUUCGAUACCUAAACCUCUCUAGCACUUCCCUCAGGAAGAUUAAUGCUGCCUGGUUUAAAAAUAUGCCUCAUCUGAAGGUGCUGGAUCUUGAAUUCAACUAUUUAGUGGGAGAAAUAGCCUCUGGGGCAUUUUUAACGAUGCUGCCCCGCUUAGAAAUACUUGACUUGUCUUUUAACUAUAUAAAGGGGAGUUAUCCACAGCAUAUUAAUAUUUCCAAAAACUUCUCUAAACUUUUGUCUCUACGGGCAUUGCAUUUAAGAGGUUAUGUGUUCCAGGAACUCAGAGAAGAUGAUUUCCAGCCCCUGAUGCAGCUUCCAAACUUAUCGACUAUCAACUUGGGUAUUAAUUUUAUUAAGCAAAUCGAUUUCAAACUUUUCCAAAAUUUCUCCAAUCUGGAAAUCAUUUACUUGUCAGAAAACAGAAUAUCACCGUUGGUAAAAGAUACCAGGCAGAGUUAUGCAAAUAGUUCCUCUUUUCAACGUCAUAUCCUGAAACGACGCUCAACAGAUUUUGAGUUUGACCCACAUUCGAACUUUUAUCAUUUCACCCGUCCUUUAAUAAAGCCACAAUGUGCUGCUUAUGGAAAAGCCUUAGAUUUAAGCCUCAACAGUAUUUUCUUCAUUGGGCCAAACCAAUUUGAAAAUCUUCCUGACAUUGCCUGUUUAAAUCUGUCUGCAAAUAGCAACGCUCAAGUGUUAAGUGGAACUGAAUUUUCAGCCAUUCCUCAUGUCAAAUAUUUGGAUUUGACAAACAAUAGACUAGACUUUGAUAAUGCUAGUGCUCUUACUGAAUUGUCCGACUUGGAAGUUCUAGAUCUCAGCUAUAAUUCACACUAUUUCAGAAUAGCAGGCGUAACACAUCAUCUAGAAUUUAUUCAAAAUUUCACAAAUCUAAAAGUUUUAAACUUGAGCCACAACAACAUUUAUACUUUAACAGAUAAGUAUAACCUGGAAAGCAAGUCCCUGGUAGAAUUAGUUUUCAGUGGCAAUCGCCUUGACAUUUUGUGGAAUGAUGAUGACAACAGGUAUAUCUCCAUUUUCAAAGGUCUCAAGAAUCUGACACGUCUGGAUUUAUCCCUUAAUAGGCUCAAGCACAUCCCAAAUGAAGCAUUCCUUAAUUUGCCAGCGAGUCUCACUGAACUACAUAUAAAUGAUAAUAUGUUAAAGUUUUUUAACUGGACAUUACUCCAGCAGUUUCCUCGUCUCGAGUUGCUCGACUUACGUGGAAACAAACUACUCUUUUUAACUGAUAGCCUAUCUGACUUUACAUCUUCCCUUCGGACACUGCUGCUGAGUCAUAACAGGAUUUCCCACCUACCCUCUGGCUUUCUUUCUGAAGUCAGUAGUCUGAAGCACCUCGAUUUAAGUUCCAAUCUGCUAAAAACAAUCAAUAAAUCCGCACUCGAAACUAAGACCACCACCAAAUUAUCUAUGUUGGAACUACACGGAAACCCCUUUGAAUGCACCUGUGACAUUGGAGAUUUCCGAAGAUGGAUGGAUGAACAUCUGAACGUCAAAAUUCCCAGACUGGUAGAUGUCAUUUGUGCCAGUCCUGGGGAUCAAAGAGGGAAGAGUAUUGUGAGUCUGGAGCUAACAACUUGUGUUUCAGAUGUCACUGCAGUGAUAUUAUUUUUCUUCACGUUCUUUAUCACCACCAUGGUUAUGUUGGCUGCCCUGGCUCACCAUUUGUUUUACUGGGAUGUUUGGUUUAUAUAUAAUGUGUGUUUAGCUAAGGUAAAAGGCUACAGGUCUCUUUCCACAUCCCAAACUUUCUAUGAUGCUUACAUUUCUUAUGACACCAAAGAUGCCUCUGUUACUGACUGGGUGAUAAAUGAGCUGCGCUACCACCUUGAAGAGAGCCGAGACAAAAACGUUCUCCUUUGUCUAGAGGAGAGGGAUUGGGACCCGGGAUUGGCCAUCAUCGACAACCUCAUGCAGAGCAUCAACCAAAGCAAGAAAACAGUAUUUGUUUUAACCAAAAAAUAUGCAAAAAGCUGGAACUUUAAAACAGCUUUUUACUUGGCUUUGCAGAGGCUAAUGGAUGAGAACAUGGAUGUGAUUAUAUUUAUCCUGCUGGAGCCAGUGUUACAGCAUUCUCAGUAUUUGAGGCUACGGCAGCGGAUCUGUAAGAGCUCCAUCCUCCAGUGGCCUGACAACCCGAAGGCAGAAGGCUUGUUUUGGCAAACUCUGAGAAAUGUGGUCUUAACUGAAAAUGAUUCACGGUAUAACAGUAUGUAUGUUGAUUCCAUUAAGCAAUACUAA